AUGAGAGCUAUGAAGCAAGGCGUUAUGGCUAUGUCGUUCACCAAUACCUCGCCUGUGAUGUAUCCAACGAGAGCUGCCAAACCCGCCUUGGGUACAAAUCCUUUGUCGCUUGGCGCCAACGGUUUGGGGGAUGACUCAUAUGUUCUGGACAUGGCAACAACCACUGUGGCUAUCGGCAAGGUAGAAAUCGCAAAACGAAAAGGCCUUGAAGUACCCAACACAUGGGGUGUUGCCAAGGGCGGAGCUGUCAGCCAUAAUCCGGAGGAGAUCCUUCACGGAGGAGGACUUCUACCACUUGGCGGCAAUGAGAUCUGUGGUAAGAAUAGUUUAAUGUUACCUAAUUAA